AUGCUUCGUUCGGAAAGGCGAUGGAUAGGUCUUAAGGGCAAGGUAUCAGAUGCGCCCACCCUCUCUGCUAGUGCUAGUGGAUCCCUCCAUUGGACCGUCUCAUCUCCCAGCUUGGCUGUUCCAUCUGGCAGUGAGCCGGAAGUCAUUGAGGCCCCUGUGAAGCGCACCACCCGCAACACACGCAAGGCAGCGGAACCCAAGGGUAAGGGUAAGGGUAAGGUGAAGGAGGUCGUCCCUGCCACCCAUACAGUUGGGGAGUCAUCUGAUGAAGUGUUGCACUAUGAGAAGGGUGAGAUUGUGAAGGUUCAGCAUGAGUUGCAUGUCGUGAAGGGCCAGCUCAUCAGCCUCUAUGAGUCUGCCUACAAGAUCUCCACUGAGGUGGGUCACUUGGAGAGGUGUCUUGGGGGUCUCCUCUAG